GAUCUCCAUCCCCGGGAAGUAUAGAGGACCCGGAGGAAAUUCCGGACAUCGAGCUCGAGGACGACCAGCCAAUGGCGGAGACGGAGGGCGUGGCCGAGGUCAUCACCCUCUCCUCGGAGAGCGAGGAAGACGAUGACGGAGGCGAGACGGUCACGCCGGAGGUGUCAUCGGGGUCGCGCCGCCGACCGAGGAUCCGGUGGAUAUGAGACGAUUUAUGGAGGCACGAGUCGCCACCCUGCGGCGUUUCCAGCAGAUGGUAGACGCGCGAAAGGUCGCCGACGCCGAGGCCGCAUGGCAGGAGCGUUUGGCUCGGCUGCAAGAGGAGGAGGAAGCACUGUGGGCACCAGCCACGGAUCAGCCGGAGCCCACGCAGCCACUGGCAAGACAGCUACAGCCGACACCGCAGCCACCAUUGCCGUUGACGCCGCCGCCGACAGGCAACAGGCGUGGGAGAUCCCGCAGGCACACGUCGGCCAGGUGGUCCGCACGAUCGAGAUGGGAGGGCGUCUGUGGCACCAACAGUCGGUGACGUGGACGUGGCCCGCAUCGAUGGAGACCGAGGAUGCGCCGGAAGCCCGGGAAGAGGCGGAAGCGAUCGGCUGGAGAACGCCGGACCAGGAGUCAUGCGAUCCGGGAUUACGCGCCCGAGCAGAGGGUAAGAGGCCGGAGAAGGAGGUCCCGAGGGAGGAGAGCCCGGGAGAAGCAAACCCGGAGAAGAGGGAGUGGAGCUGGCCUGCACCAGGUGAGGCGCUGCCACCACCAAGGCUGCCGAGGCAAACGUCGUGCCCGGAAGCGGGGCAAACGCCGCCGCGCCCAUGCCACUGCAGGCAGGCGUCGCUGGACGGGCAGAAGUAGAGGGAGGUGCCAACGGAAGACUGGCCGCUCCGGGUGGCCGAGGAAGCGGCUCGACAAGGAGCACGGAAGCGAAGAGUGCACUGGGCCAAGUUAUUCGAGCUUGGCGGGCAGCGCUACCGCCUUAAGGUACGGAGGGGCGGGGAGGUAAGGGUAGCAGUCGCCGAAUAAAGAACGCCAGACGGCAAUAGAAAACCGUAUGUCCGGGUUUUUUUUGAUAAACAACACAGGCACAGUAACAGUCAAAAAAUGGGUACGGGUAUAAUCCGCAGCAGCCGUGAUAACGCGCGAGGGGGUGACGCGGGGCCAGGCACGCGGGCCAGCAUACAACGCGGGGCUGCAGCAGGCGCGGGACGGGGAGGCACUCGCAGAACGCAGGCGGGCCUCAGUUGACAGCGCAGGCUGGUCUCCAGGGGGGCGCGGUGCCAGGGGCAGCCGCCCCGGAGCAUGAAGGGGGCAUACAUGUGUUGGUGGAGCUGGAAGCAAGAGAGGAUUUGUUAAUAUGGCGAUACGCAAGAAAACGUUAGACUUACCUUUCAUUGAGCUGCUACACCGAAGCACGUGAGGAAACAAUUGGGAUGAGAGCACCCCGAUAGCGACUCUCGAUCGAUAGGAUGCUCGUAACGGUGCGGGCACAAAGAGGACGCACCGUGAACUACCGGUACCGCUGUGGAUCUUGGACCCCAGCGAGUCAAGGGCAACGACGACUUUUCGGAUCCCUCCGAACUUGUUUUACGUGGCGCGUUCCACACUGAAGGGAUUACAACCACGACACCCUAUACACCCACAAGUGAGCAUAUGGUGCAUGUGUCUGCAUACGCCAGACAAGCGUCCCGGACUAGAAGAUAUAGCUAUGUACAUAGCGACCACCCCGGUA